CAGCAGCAUGAUCAGGUACAAUGAACUGUGCGGGGGGAGCGCUUCCAAAUGAAAGCGGGGGGCCAUUAGUGACUGUCAAAUUUUCAUAAUGAUACAUUUGUUGUGGUGUCUGUGGGUUGGGAUAAUCUCACUCACACACUUUGACAUCAUGGCCAGCAAGAACGCCAAAGUUUUCUUCGACAUUGCUAUCCAAAGCAAGCCCGCAGGUCGCAUGACCUUCAAGCUUUUCAACGACACCGUUCCCAAGACCGCUGAGAACUUCAGAGCUCUUUGCACUGGUGAAAAGGGAACUGGCGUUUCCGGCAAGCCUUUGCACUUCAAGGGCAGCUUCUUCCACCGUAUCAUUCCCGGCUUCAUGGCUCAGGGUGGAGAUUUCACUCGUGGUGAUGGACGUGGCGGUGAAUCCAUCUAUGGCGCCAAGUUCGCCGACGAGAACUUCAAGCUCACCCACACUGGCAAGGGAGUUUUGUCCAUGGCCAACGCUGGUCCCAACACCAACGGAUCCCAGUUCUUCAUUUGCUUCGACAAGACCCCUUGGUUGGAUGGUAACCACACUGUCUUUGGUCAGUUGGUCGAAGGCCAAGAAGUUUUGGAUAUGAUCGAGUCAUACGGUUCUCAAUCCGGAGCUCCUCAAGCCAAAGUUGACAUCACCGACUGUGGCGAGCUCGAGAAAUAAGCUUUUUUAUCUGUACGAAUAAAAAUCAUAUAGCCUCGUAAAAGAUGCAAUAAAAUUCAAUGUAUAGAAGCAUAUUGCCAUAAUUGAAACUGUGGUGUGAACAAGUGGUCGUUUGGUCAU